AUGUCUUCUAAUAAUUAUCAAUUUGGUGAAUUAAGUUCUACUAUUAUUAUUGAUAAUGAUAAUAGUUCUAUUAUGAAUGAUUCUGACAAUGAAAUUAUCAGUAAUUUUGAUUCUGAUAAUGAAACUAUUAGUGAUUUUGAUACUAAUAGUAAUCCUGAAUCUACAGUUUUUUCUAAUAUGUAUAAUUGUAUUCUUACUCAUUCAACAAUUUCUUUUCCUUUAAUAAUUAGAAAUGGUGAUUCUUAUACUUUAUUACAAUAUAUCCAAACUUUUCUGAAUCCUGCUUCACAAAAUAAUGCUUCUUUAUCUGAAAUUAAAACUGCUUUACAUAGUUCAAUUAUUAAUUAUAAUAAUGAUGGUUCUCAAUCUUUUCCACAAAUUGAUUUUAGUCAAUUUAAAAUGAUUUCAUCAAAUCAAAUUUCUUAUAAAUUUGAUAUUGAUUCUUUUUUAUUAAAUACUUUUAGUUUAGAUAUUAUUACAAAACCAAUUCAAUUUUUUCCAUUUACAAAUCGUAUAUGGAAUUUAAACCAUCAUAAUCAUGAAUAUAUAGAUAUUUAUGAUCAAAAUAACCAAAAAAAAAAAAUUAAAAUGAUAAAUAUUCCUCAUUUUCAAUUUGCUCAAUUUGGUGAUUGUAGUGUUUUUAAAAUUUUGAUAUUUUUUCCUAAAAUGUAUAUUCCUGGUUCAAAAAAACAAAAUUUUUUAACUAAUAAUGAUUUAUCUAUUUGGUAUGAUCAAAUUUUUUUACCUUCAUUAAAAGAAAUUAAUUGUCCAAUAGAUAUUUUACAUCAUUAUCCACCUACUUUUAAUGCUUAUUAUCUUAAAUCAAAAAAAGAUAAUGGUACUUGUUUUAAUUCAUCAUAUCCUCUUCCUCAAAUUUAUUUAUCAAAUCUUUCUAAUACAAUAUAUACAAAAAUUAAUUCAACUCCUAAUUUAUCAAAAUUUCAAAAUUAUUUCUAUCAUAUUUAUUCAAAAAAUAUCAAACUUUAUACAAAAUUUAAUAAUUUAGUUGAUAUUUAUGAUAUUCCUUUAAGUUUUAUUUAUUCAAAUUUCUCUUUAAAUAAUACUAAUUGGAAAAACAAUACUAAAAUUGAUUUAGGUAUUGAAUUUAUUUCAAAUAAUAUUUCUUCUUUUAAUUCUAUUUAUUGGUCAAGAAAUUCUGCAAUAAAUCUUUUACAAGGAAUUGGUAUUACCUUUUCUACUGAUACUACAACUUCAAGAAUUGAUAAUUGGGCUCAUACUUAUGAUAUUUGUGGAGUUGCUGGUGAAGCUAAAAUAACUGGAUAUCAAAAUGGAAUUUAUUAUGCUCAAGCAUAUCAUAUAGAAAAAGAAGCAUUUUCAAGUUUAACUGAUACUCUUUUAAAAAAAUUAACUGAAGAUGAUGCUAUACGAUAUCCUCAAAAAAUUCAAGAAGCCUGUAAUAGUUCAAUUAGUAUAUUAAAUGAAAUUACUAAUACUAAUUAUGGUGCAAGAUUAGAAUAUAGAAUUAAGUUUGAAUAUAUACAUCAAAUUUUAAAUAUAAUUAUAAACAAAUUACCUAAAUUUCUUGAAACAAAUCCUUUUUAUAUUAUACCAACUGAGCUUAUAUCAAAAUUUAAAAUUGCAAAACUCAAAACAUUUUUAAAUACAUACAAUCUUUCUCUUAAUUCUUUAUCACAACCACUUUCUCUAAAUCAAAAAUAUUUUAGAAUUUGCUUACUUAUUUUAAUGAAAACUAUUAAUCAAAGUUUUGAAACAAUACCUUUUAUUAAAAAAUACUUUGGUGAUUCAAAUUCAAAUAAUCCAAAUAAUAUUGGGACUUUAGAAAUCUUUGAAAUAAUGAAAAAAUCAAAUACAAUUUGGUUAUUACCUGAAAUUUUUGAUAUUGAACAAUGUAUUAUUCAUAUUAAUUUUCAAAAUAAUCAACAACUAUCAAUUCCUAUUGAAUCUUUAUCUUUAGAUGAUCCUGAACUUGAAAUACAAAUUAGAAAUUAUAUAAAUUUAAUUUUACUUAAAUCUAUAAAUAAUUGUGAUAAUGAAAUGGAAUUAUUAGCUGAUAAAAUCUGGUCUUUAUUUAUUGAAGAUUGUAUUAGAGCAAUACCUAAAAAAUAUAAACAACAAGAAUUUAUUUCCUUGGAAUUAAAUAUUAAUACUUUAAAUAUAUAUAUAAAAGAUUCUAAAUAUGAAAUUCUUACUUUGGAUCAAUGUAUCCAAAAUAAUACUAAAGAUUUAAGAUUUAAUAUGUAUUUUAAUCAUACAAAAAAUCUUAAACAAGGUCAAGGAUGGUCUAAAUUAAAAUAUUUAAAAUGUUAUAUAAAUACUUAUUUUUAUUUUAAUGAUGAUAGAUAUUUUAAUAACUUAAAAUCUAAAUUAUAUAAAAGAUUUCAAGAACAAGAAAUCUUUCCUUUGUCACAGGAAUUUGGAAAAUUUUGUUAUGCUAGAGAUUCUACAAUUAAAUUUCUUAAAAUGUAA